UUAACGCACAGACUCAAGCCAGCUAGUUAUAAAACUAACUUGGACAGACACAACGAUAGGCAAUUGCAGUAGUCUGGUAAGGUCCAACGAUAAACGACGACCAUGCUUAGAUAUCGCAAUAAAUAAUAUUAGUGACUUGCGUAAAGACAGCCAUUUCCAAACGUAGCCAGCUUAGCUAGCUUUCAGGCAAGGGAGCUAACAGCUAGCUAGCUAACUUUAAUUUAGAAGUAAUGUUAAAUAGCUUGACCAAAACAAAGCAUGAAAGCUGUGGCCAUAGCUCAUUUGUAUUUUAUCAUAUAUUAUUUUGGUAAUCGCAAAUAGCUUUUGUAAUAAACCAUUGAACGAUGUAGCGAUAGCUAGUUAACUAUCCUAAGAUAGCUAUCUACAGCAAACCCCGGGGUGCGCACACUUGUAAAUUAAGUGUCAUUAGGUAGCUUAGCUAUCAGAUGUCAGCAUUACUUAAGAUACCUUGCUAGCUGAUUAACCAAAUUGUCAGCUAACAUAUAUGCACAAAACACUGCCAAAAUUAAACAGUUGUGUUUAUUCUCUCACUGCCGUUUUCAUUCGUUGGACCUUUGUUACUGAUUUUAGAUAGCGAAGGCAUGGGUACUACCUUGCCUGCUAGCUGCUGGCCGGCUGGCUGCCUAAACUGUACACAUGCAAAUUGGCAAACAUCUGUCCACUAAACCUUAAUCCGCCCCUAUGCUCCUGCCGCGCCGGCAGGUUUUUAAAUCCUUGGCUGUGUGCAGGGGACAGGAUUGGGGGCAUUUCCCCCGAGAGAAGACAUUAUGAUCGGUUCUCCGAUGAACUGCUGGCUAUGAGAAUGAAACAUGUUCAGUUUCAGCACAUCCAAUGCGGUGAGUGGGAACAUUUUUACCACCGGAGCGGUCUGUCGCUAGCUGGAACGGCUGGACUGCAAAGAAGAGGAUCUCAGCUUCAUUACGGUGCCGCUGACUUCGUUUUAUAUCUAGAAAAAAUGACCAACGACGCGUUUCCAUUCUAUAUUAUUUAACUGAACGUAUACAAAAUUUCUAAAACGGGCUACAAAGCCGUCACAGUUUUUGAUCUUGCAAAUAGGUAAUAUUCCCAUGACACGAAACCAAGAUGACGGUGGAAAACUCUACUAUAAAAAAUAGGAUUAAGAAUCUGCUCCGCUCGCCGUCAAUCAAACUAAGAAAAAAUAAAACUGGAAACAACAAAGAAUGCCUCGGAAAUAAGGUGACUCUUGAAAAGGUUUUGGGGAUUACUGCUGCAGGAAACCGUGCCUUGGCCUCAGAUCCCCGCUCCGGUUUGGUAGCCUAUCCCGCAGGGUGUGUGGUGGUACUGCUGAACCCCAAGAAGAGCAAACAGUAUCAUAUUCUAAACAACUCCAGGAAAACCAUCACCACUCUAGCUUUCUCACCCGACGGCAAGCAUGUGGUUACAGGAGAGAGUGGACAUGUGCCGGCGGUGCGGGUGUGGGACGUGACGGAGAGGACCCAGGUGGCCGAGCUGCAGGAGCAUAAGUAUGGAGUGGCCUGCGUCGCCUUCUCCCCCAACAGCAAGUACAUCGUCAGUGUGGGCUACCAGCACGACAUGAUCGUCAACGUCUGGGCCUGGAAGAAAAAUGUAGUGGUGGCUGCCAACAAAGUGUCCAGUAAAGUUACGGCCGUGUCGUUCUCAGACGACAGCUCCUACUUCGUUACAGCAGGGAACAGGCAUGUCAAGUUCUGGUACCUGGACCACGCCAAGUCCUCCAAGGUCAAUGCCACGGUGCCAUUACUGGGCCGCUCUGGGUUGCUGGGGGAGCUCCGUAACAACUUCUUCAGUGACGUGGCGUGCGGCAAAGGCCGCAAGGCUGACAGUACCUUCUGCAUCACGUCCUCAGGCCUGCUGUGCGAGUUCAACGACAAGAGGCUGCUGGACAAGUGGGUGGAGCUCAGGAACAGCGACAGUAUCACAACGGGCCUGGCCACCUCUCUGUCCGUGACGGAGGAUCUGAUCUUCUGUGGCUGUGCGGAUGGAACAGUGAGAGCCUUCAGCCCGGUCAACCUGCACUUCAUCUGCACUCUGCCCCGCCCCCACUGCCUGGGCUCCGACAUCGCAGCCCUGACCGAGGCUAGCCACCUCUUUGCCUGCAAAAUUGACACCCGCUACCCUGACACGGUGGCCGUGUCCUACGAUUCCACCAACCGGUGGCUGUCAUGCGUUUACAACGACCACAGUCUGUACGUGUGGGACACACGUGACCUCCGCAAAGUGGGCAAGGUCUACUCCGCCCUGUACCACUCCUCCUGUGUGUGGAGCGUGGAGAUGUACCCCCAGAGCGGUGAGGGGGAGCGCUCCUGCCUCACGCCAGGAUCUUUCAUCAGCUGCUCCUCCGACAACACCAUCCGCCUGUGGAACCUGGACACCCACGGCGCCACCCUCAACCACAAUGUCAUCAGCAAUGACCUCCAGAAGAUCAUCUACAUGGACAACAUCGUCACGCCUCUGCUGGACACAGACUGCACCACCUCCAGCAGUUCAGAGAAGGCUGACCCCCAGACCUCUGAGAACAGGACAGGCAUUAGGACCAUGUGCAUCAGUCCAGACAGGCAGCACCUGGCAUCAGGUGACCGCAACGGAAUACUGAGGAUCCAUGAUCUACAAAGCUUGGAGGAGAUCCUAAACGUGCAGGCCCAUGACUCAGAGAUCCUCUGCCUGGAGUACUCCAAGCCUGACACGGGCCUAAGGCUCUUGGCUACAGCGAGCAGAGACAGGCUGAUCCAUGUUUUGGAUGCAGAGCGCGAGUACAGCCUGCUGCAAACGCUGGACGAUCACUCAUCCUCCAUCACUGCUGUGCGCUUUGCUGCGAACGAUGGCGAAGUCAGAAUGAUCAGCUGUGGAGCUGACAAAAGUAUCUACUUCCGGACAGCACAGAAGACAGAUGAAGGAACUGUGUUCACACGCACCCACCAUGUUGUGAGGAAGACUACUCUCUAUGAUAUGGACAUUGACCCUACAUGCAGAUAUGCUGCAAUUGGCUGCCAGGACCGUAGCAUCAGGAUUUUCAACCUCAGUAAUGGCAAGCAGAAAAAGAUCUACAAGGGCUCCCAGGGGGAGGACGGCACUCUCAUUAGGGUUCAGACAGACCCAUCCGGGCUGUAUGUGGCUACCAGCUGCUCAGACAAAAACAUCAGCAUCUUUGACUUCUACACAGGGGAGUGUGUGGCCACCAUGUUUGGGCACUCUGAGAUUGUGACUGGGAUGAAGUUUACCAACGACUGCAAGCAUCUAAUUUCAGUGUCAGGGGACAGCUGUAUCUUUGUGUGGAGGUUGAACCCUGAGCUGACCAUCAGUAUGAGACAGAGACUGUCUGACCUGAAACAGAAAAACAGACCUGUUCAGAACAACCCACCCAACAAACAUAACACGGUCAGCACUAGGACAGAAGUGCACAGUGGCACCAUGUCCUCAGACAGUGACAAAGAGGCAGAGGAAGAAGAAGAUGAUGAAGAGGAGAACCUUCCUUGCCUGUCGUCCUGUAGCAGUACAGGGGAGCGGACAGGGUCAUCAGAGGAGAAGCACAAUUCCCACAUCAUAGGGCUAAGAAAGCGUUGCGACAGCAGCGCGGGGUGUGAGGGCUCAUCUCCGAGGCCACGGCGCCGCUGGUCCCAGCGCGUGGGCAGCAUGGAGCUGAUGGUGAAGUCUAUGCUUGACCUGCGGCAGCUGGAGUCGUUUGCAGUGCCACCGUCACCCUGCCGGACUCCUGCCAUGGACCAAGGGCCUCUGCUGACCUCUGACCUGGACCUGGGCAGCACCAUCAGCCUGCAGCCCCGAGCCUGCUGGGUGGAGGGGUCCAAAGAGCAGGACUCACCCGAUGUCCCGCGAGGUCACACGCGGCCGCAGUUCAUCCCGCUGUCCCCGCACAGCCCAGACGUAGAGGGCUCUGUGCUCUACCCUGACAGUUGGGAGGACAGAGUGAGUCUGGCAAGCAGUGAGUUCCAGGUAAGAGAGAUGCGGCUGCCUAAAGGAACCUCCUGCUCGGAGAAGCAGAGUCCUGACAGUGCCUGCUCUGUGGACUACUCCACCAGCUGCCUGUCCAGCCCCGAGCGGCCGGACUCAGAACCCACGGAGCCACUAAGUGUGGAUGGGAACUCAUCCGAACUGGACAUGGAGGACCUCGAUGAGGAAGACGAAGAGGGUGUGAGGAAGAGUGAGUCCAAGGCGUUAGAACCCCCAACCCCCGACCAGGAAGCCUUCCUCAAGAGACAUUUUGAAAACCUGACAGACCUCAGCCUCUCAGUGAGCCCACCUCCACCACCCCUAAACUCAACUGACAGUUUUAGUAUCUCGUCCAAGUUUUUGUCUCAGUGUUCUGCUGACUGCAAGGAGCCAGUUGCAUUCGCCGAAACCAGUAGCGCUGUGAGCGAGGAUGGCAGCAGAGUGGCAUGUGCCCUGGUCUCAGAGGUGCACCCCCUGGUGGAGGACAGGGUGCAGACCGGGCAGCAGGAGCCCCAGGGUUCUGAGAUGGGCUCAGACCUGCGUUUAACCCCACAGAGGAAGUGCGUCGUGGUGACUGACCCCAUGGCCCAAGCUUCUCGAGCUGCCUGUGCAGGCCUGCGCAAAGCCCAGUCCAUACACAACCUCUCCUCAGGGGCUGAUAUUUCUCAGACAUCCACACGCCCCUCUAAGGAGGUUUCCCCUCAGCCCCGGCAUUACGAGUGUGCUCCACCCCCUUCGCCUAACUGCUCUCUUCCCAUGGCUCCUCCCACCAACCUUACGUCUCCCCUGCCCAGGGACCCGGCCACGCCCACCAAGGUCAAGUCUCGCUCCUACAUGAGCCCCACAGCCAGCUCCAUGGCAAAGAUGUCACGCUCUGUUUCCAUGGGGGACAGCUUGAAUGUGGGUGAACUCAGUGACCUGUUGGGCCCAGGGGCCUUCCGCCAGAGCUCAGAUGCCUGCACCCCACGCGGUAGCUGUCAGAGCAAGGCCUCUUCCCCCAUGGUGCUGCUGUCUUCUGCAUGUGCUGCUCCUGCUCCAGGAUCCUCCACGCCCUACGCUGCUGUCAUCCCCAACCUCCUUGUCGGCUCCGCCUCCAGCCCCGCCUCCAAAGGCCUGCAGGGCAAACUUACCAGCAGCACUCGCGCACCGCUGCACCUGGACAUCUCCAAACCGCUCCCAGACAAGCCCUGCGUGGCCUCCUUCUCUCCCAGCGGGAGGAUGGUGAAGCCUGGCCAGAGCUGGAGCCCAGCGGGCGGACCUGCGCGAACACCGCCUAGCAACCCGCAGCGAAGCACGUGUGCCCCGGAGCAGCACAGACUGUGCCCCAGGCAGCCUGAAGACCAAGCGGAGCUUCAGAGACCACAGGAAGAGCCCGAGCUGGAGAAGACCCAGCCAAGGCACUCGGCGAGGAGCCAGCACAGCCCGGAGCGGCUGCAGCCUGAUGGCGGGGCCCAGGACUCAGAUUGCUCUCUCAGUAUGGAUUCAUGCAGACUGGUGGCUAGUGAACUUCAGAACUGUUUUAAAAAGGCCUCGCACUGCUACAGGAUGCUGAGCAGUUCCCCAGUCUCCAGUCGGGAGCAGCAGGAGAUGUCUCAUGUUCUGAUGGAGGCAUUCCAGUCUGUGCAGAUGGAGCUGAACACUCUGCCCUGCCCUGUGUCAGGUGGCUGGAGCAGCAGCUCUGUGUGCAGCACGCCACUGGGCGCGGGCAUGGGGGUUGGCGUGAGCGAUGACCGCACCCUGGCCCUGCUGGAGCAGUACUCCCAGCUCCUGCUCCGUGCUGUGGAGAAGAGGAUGGACAGCAGAGUGUGACAUCUACACCUUUCUCUCACGCUCCUUAAACCCUGCACACACACUCUUCACAUACUUAUGCGGUGCGCCGAGGCCGGAUCCCAACCCCAGCUGCCGCUACUCUUAACCGAGGGUUUUAGUUCGUGAACAGAUCACAUUUUAAAAAAGAUUCCACUAAUGAGAUCUGUAUUCAUUUUAUUUCACUUUUCCUUUCGACUAGUUUACCUGUUGUGAUCAGUUUUGUGUGUUUUUGGGGGUUUUUUUUGUUCUGUGAGGGUUUGGUGGAGAGUUGGUGAGUGUGUCCUGCUGCGCUAAAACUUUCUGACUGACCAACACAGGUGGUACAACUCAGGCCUUCCGUACCCCGGUGAGCUUGACCACACCAUUAACACCCUACCUCCUGUCAGCGCACUGUACCUGCACCUGAUGGACUUGCCCCUCCUCAGCCUCAUUGCCAAAAAUUGUGGGCUUUCACUUUAAUAGUAUAUCUGGAUAUUUAUGUAUAGGAGCGUUGAUUGACUCUACAGACUUGCAUGUUUUCAAGGGGGUGAGAGCUUUGCUUGUCAGGCUUUUUAACAGCUCAGAAAUGAGAAGUGCGCUUUCCACUAACAGUAGUGGUCACCACCUGUUUGCUUAGAAGAUCCUCAAGCAAAUGACAAGUUUUUGUUUUUAUUUUUGUUUUAUUCUUAAAUCCUUACUCAGAAGAGCUAUUCUCUUUUUCCCCCUUUAUAUGCAUUAUGGGUUUUUUUGAUGUAUGGUGUGUUUGUUGCAGAUGUGUGACUGUAUUUAUUGUCGUGAUAACUGCUGUUAUUUAUACCCAGUUUUCUAUGUUGUACAGUGUGUGUGUGUUUGCUUACUGACGCUGGAUAUUCCCAGUGUUGGUAAGGGGCCAGAGGAGAGCUUGGUGUCACCAGAAAGAAAUCUGCUUUACAGAGAGCUUUACAAACAUUAGAUUGGGGGCUUUUUAAAAAAACAGCAUCCAUGGCUCCUGCAUGAAUUUUGAGGGACAAUUUUAUACAAGAGGCUUUUUUUACUUAAAAAUUGACAUGAUAAAUGUCUGAAGAAUAUGUGUGCCUUAAUUUGUAACCAGCAAUUUGUUGUAUUUAAUCUGACAUUUUAACUUGGAGAAGUCACGUUUUGAAUGCUGUUAGGAUGCUGUCUUCCUCAAAUAUGAUGCAUUCCAGACAGAAGAUUAGACACAACUGCUACAGAUAAAGGAACAGAAAAGGACAUUGUUCUGGUGACACAAACAGGGUCAUCAUAUCAUAAGGAAAACAUUUCAAAAUGAUCCAGACACACUCACUGGGGGUUUGACCCUGUAAUUGUCUGUUUUUCUUAGAUUUAAACCUAGACUGAAGAGCACUGUUAAACAAAAAUGUAUUUUCACACUCGCGUCUUAAUACCUGAGACUGAACUCGUUUACAAGAGUGCACAUCUGGGUUGAGAUGUUCUCACAUGUUUCUCUAGCCUCUGGCACGCUUCUUCCUUUCUGUUAAUCAUAUUGUUAAUGACGACGUGAAGCACUUUUAUUCUAAAGUGAUGGUAAUUUAAGUGAGAGGUUUGUGAUACCAUAAGAAUCCAGUUUCUAAUGGACUUGUGUGUACUGUAUACUUUCCAGACUUUUUUAUACUGCUAAUGAACAUGGUGCUUAUGCUCAGAGCAGCUAACAAAGCACUGAGACGCUAGUUCAGUCCGUCAACCUGCUCCGUACCCGAAACCAAGCGACUGUACAAGCUCAGCCCAACCAAGCCUCAGUGACGUCCUCUUGUGCUAGAGAGGAGUUAUACUAGCAUUUAAUCUCAGUGAUGAGUAAUAGUCCUAUUCAGGUAUCAUUUAACCCUGGUAAUGCCUUCUUACCUUCUGAUCACCUACAGUACAAAAGUGCUGCUUUUUUUUAAAAACCAUGAACCUAUCAAUAUGCAUGAGAACAGUAAUCGCAAAUGAAUGCACAUGUCCAAUAUUCAGAGAAACAUUAAAUCAGUCAAGUGGGUGUAUUAAUCAUUUAGCUGAACUGCGACAGAAACAAAGACGUAGGAUUGCAUCUAAAGCCAAUAUUAGGACUGUAACUUUACUGCUAGCAUGAAUAUACUAUGUAUGCAUGAAAAGCAGAGGACCUUAGGGCUGACCUGUUCUCUAACAUAGAACGCAUGGUUGUACAUUGGCUCUGCCUCGUCGGCAGUCAUUCAGAGCUUUGCCAGCAAGUGCGUGGUGACCUGGGCUUGAUCGAAGCUACUGCAUGGGUACUGGAGGCUCGCGCUACAGGUGGACCAGAAUGUGUGGGUUUCUCAUUUGAAAACCCAUGACUUGAUUUGUUUUCCACUGCUCCUAAAUUUCAUGCUUUUAUCUUUAGUGUCAUCUGAUGAAAAAUGAAAUCUCAGAUGUGAAUAAAUUUGUAUUUAUUAA